GAUUGUUCAUUGAAGACAAGAGAACACAGAGCAAGUAUUAUAGGAACAGUGUGUAUUUUAAAUAAAUAGUAUUAUUAUAUUUAUACACAAUUAAGUAAUGAGAUUCGGGUUGUUAAAGUACAAAGAAGGCCUUAACUAUCGUGGAGAAGUUUAAAAAAUUAUAAUAUUUGCAUUAGAGUUCAUUCGGUGUUAAAAGUCGCAUCAAGAUGAGUUAUAGGGAUUCUUACUCGCUAUACCCGAGAUAUCAUUCAUACAGUGCAGCUAAAGACCUACGGGUAGGAUCGCAUCUAAGAAGUUCAACGUUGUAUGGAGGGUCUCAGUCUUCGGUGCUGAGUUCUAUAUCGACUUAUAGGUCAAGGCCUUUGGAUGGCAUCACUUAUACACCCACGCCAGAUCUAGAUGAAGUUUAUCCGGGCCUCUUUGUUGGUGAUGCUGUGGCAGCAAAAGACAAAGCCUUUUUAAGGCGCAUGGGUAUUAACUAUGUAUUGAACACGGCUGAAGGCAAACGCUACACUCAAGUAGAUACAGACCACUUGUAUUAUCGCGAUUGCCCUGGACUUCGAUACAAGGGCUUCCAGCUUAUGGAUCUUCCAUCUACUGAUAUUUCAAAGUACUUCCAUAUUGCUGCCAAUUUCAUUGAUGAAGGAAUUAGCAGGGGCGGUCGUGUUCUAGUGCAUUGCUUAAUGGGCGUAUCCCGUUCGGCUACAUGUGCGCUCGCGUUCCUCAUGAUCAAGCGCGGUAUGACCCUCUCUGAAGCGCUGGCCCUUGUCCGCUCUCGCCGCGACAUCCAUCCCAAUGAAGGCUUUGUGCGCCAACUGCAAGACCUCGACAGGGAACUGAGAGUCUGCCGGGCUCGCUGACAUCAAACCCCCCUGCAACCAGUUCUCGGGCUCCCGUACAACUUCAGCAGCCAACACCUAAGAGUAAGGAGCCUCGAUCGAGCUUACACUAGUCGUUACCACUAAACGAGAACUAAGAGGUAAAUCGUGUGUCAAAAUAUCAUGGCAAAUAUUACAUUUUGAUAAGCAUAUACCUACUGUGUCAUGUGCUGUGCACCUAUAAUGUAUUGUUGAAAAAUAUUUUAAUACAUCUGUAUAGUAGUUGAUUCAAUAUUUAACACAACUUAUUUCUUAAUGAAAAUUAUCAUUAAGAAAUAAGAACCUAAGUACAAUGCAUUGUUAAUAAUUCUCAUGUGCCAUUCAGUUGGUAUCUAUUUGUAGUUUAUCAAGCUGUUAAAUUGUAAAAUAAUUAUUCUUGUUAGAACUAACUACGAAUUAAGUUCAUAAUGUUAAAUGUUUUAACCAAUUUACAAAUUUCUAGCCAUAAGCAAUUAAGAAAAAAUCUUGAGAUGUUUAAAACACGAUACCAAAGAUCUUCUCAGUAUUCUAUUAAUAUUAUGUUUGAUCGUCUUAUAAAUUGUUAACCAUAUUUUCAUGAUUACGAAUUCAUUUUGUAGUUAUAAACAUAAAAAUACUGCUUCAACUCCUAGGUUGAAUUUUUAGGGGUUAAAUUAUUUUUUCCCAGUUUUAAGGUUAAAAACCUUAACAAUUUAUGUUAAAAGCUGAUGUUUAAGUCUGGAAGCUAUGGUAUGAUUUUGAGAAUUGAAGAUGGCAUAACAAUUUCUAGUAUUUUUAGCAAGUAAAUAUGUCAUUGCCCCCUUGAAAUAUGUCAAGGUUUAAAAUCAGGCCUUUUGCCAACUCGUGACUAGAGCGCACGUGCAAAAAGCAACGCGACAAUAAUGUAGAUUUGAUCUUUCGUUUUCAGUUAGACUUGACUCAUUGUGUAAAAUAUCAAUUAGGUAAGGUGCAUCAGGGCAAGUUCGGACAGUUUUUGGAUGAAUUGGAAAGGGUUUAGUAAUUUUUUUUUCGGUUUUCUAAUUAAGACAAAGAUAAAUAAUAAUGAAAACGUCGUUAAUGAGUAAAUUUACUAAUCACUGUUUCUUAUACAUACAUACUUCUACCUUUGUAACGCCGCUGCAGCUGGGUCGAAUUUUUCUUGCGGAAUAGCAUUCGGAGAACGGAUAAAUGCCCCCUUUUUAAAACCGUUUUGUAUAACCGUUGAGAUUGUUUGGUGCCAUGUUUCGGCAAACAUCGCCGCAAAAUCUUUUUUCCGCAGUUUAACACCGAUGUUUUGUCUCUGAUGUUUAACAAGUCUUUUUUCCUAAAUUCCUUGCUAAAUGUAGCGGCAGAAGGAGGUGAGACGUGUGUGCUGGGAGUUUUAAA